AAAACACAUCAUCUUCUCUUCUCUCUGAGAGAGAGAGGGAGAGUUCUUAUCUCUCUUCUUCUGUUCUGCCUGCAAUACCAAAAGCAAAAAAAGCUUCACACUAUUUGCGUUUUUUUGUGGGGUUUUGAACGAAGUGGCAAAAAAGAAAGAUGCAAGUAGAGAACCUCAGAGCCGAGAAGCAUCGCAGACAGAGCCAAAUUUCAGACAAUUGGAUAGAAAGAUGACAGAAAACAAAUAGUAGUAGUGUUGUGUUGUUGGGGUGUUGCUGGAAUUCGAUGAUGUCGCAGAAGAGACAGCAGGAGGAUGUGAAGGCUCGUCCAGAAGGGACUAGUCCUGAGGAUAAGCGUAGGAGGAUGCCUACUUUCAGGAAUGUGGUGUCAGAGGUUAUGAAAAUGCAAUCAGUCCAUCAUUUGCUGGAGCCAAUUCUAGAGCCCUUGAUUCGUAGAGUGGUCAAAGAGGAAGUUGAAUUGGCCUUAAAAAAGCAUUUGAACAGCAUGAAACAGAAUUGUGGGAAAGAGGUACAUACUUCUGUGUCAAGAAGCCUACAGCUAAAGUUUGUAAACAACCUUUCUCUUCCAGUAUUUACUGGAGCUCGAAUUGAAGGAGAAGAUUGUUCAAACAUACAAGUAGCUUUGAUUGAUGCUAUUACCGGGCAAACUGUAAUAUCUGGGCCAGAGUCCUCGGCCAAGGUGGAAAUUGUUGUUCUUGAGGGUGAUUUUGAUGGUGAUGAGAAUGACAAUUGGACAGUCGAAGAGUUUAAAAACAACAUUGUGAGAGAGAGGGAAGGAAAGAAGCCCCUGCUUACAGGAGAUGCAUUUGUAAAUCUUAAAGAGGGCAUUGGUUUUGUGAGUGAGAUUUCCUUUACAGAUAAUUCUAGCUGGACAAGAAGCCGUAGGUUCAGGCUAGGGGCAAGAGUUGUGGAUAAAAUUGAUGGAACUAGCAUUAGAGAAGCAAAGACAGAAUCCUUUAUUGUCAGGGAUCAUCGUGGAGAAUUGUACAAGAAGCAUCACCCUCCUUCUUUGCAUGAUGAAGUAUGGAGAUUAGAAAAGAUUGGCAAAGACGGAGCUUUCCAUAAGCGUUUGAGUCGGGAAAGCAUCAAUACUGUGAAGGAUUUUUUGAUCCUACUCUUCAUAGACCCUACAAGGCUCCGAAAUAUACUCGGCACAGGUAUGUCAGCUAAGAUGUGGGAAGUCACUGUGGAGCAUGCUCGGACAUGUGUAUUUGAGAAGAGGAUGUUCUUGUAUAGCCCUCCAAGUUCUCAACAAAAAACUGGUGUGGUCUUUAAUGUCGUGGGACAAGUGAUGGGACUACUUUUGGAAUGCCAGUAUGUUCCUAUUGAUAAGCUGUCUGAAACUGAGAAGGCUGAUGCCCACAACUUGGUGAUUUCUGCAUUUGAACACUGGGGGGAAGUUGUUUCUUUUGAUGAUGAAGCCUCUAUUGUGGGCAGCUCUUCACACUUGACCAACAUUCUUUACACUUCAAGCUCGCCUAGGACGGAGAGUUCUAACGGGUGCAAGUUUUUGGCUUCUCACAAGAUUGCUGGUUUCGAUUAUGCACAGCAAAGUGCCUCUUCUCCAGAUAUCAUUUCAUCCAUCUAUUCUGUUGGGGGCAGUAGUGGUUUGGAAGAUUUUGCCCUGCACGGUAUUGACAGUAUGGGUCUCAGAUAUGAACAGGCUUUGAGUUUCCCAGAGUCCAUGAACCAUUCAUUUGAUGACGAUCAUCUGAACUUUUUUGAUACUGAUCUUCUAACUCAGAGUGUCAAUUUAGAAUCGCAAUCAGAUCUUCAGAGUGCUGUUGACACUUUCAUUUCUGCACGUGCUGCCAUUGGGAAAGCUCAGACAAGAUGGACAAAGCUAUUCAGUGUGCUAAAAUGGUUUUCAAUACGUGUGGCUGUAAGAAAACGAGUUCGAGAAAUUCCAAGAUACAAGAGUGGGUUAUGAAAAAAAAGGGUGAAGAGAAAACAAAUGGUUUGAUAACAUUUGCCAAAUAUAGUGUUAGUGAGUGCUGCCGCUAAGAUUUUGCGUGCUGUUUUGGUGAGACAAGUUGGAGGUCUUGGUAGAUGUAAAUACAACGGUAGUUAAGUACUUCGCCUUCUGGUGAAAGAUCAUAGAACUAUCUUCCUGCUUACAUCAAGUUGUAAAUAUGUAGAUUUUUUUUGACAGUAUCAGGGCAAGUUUCUGCCUUUCUGGUAUUGGUUUUUGCUCAAAUAUGUAAAGCAGUAAUACCAGGGUGCAUAACAUCCUGUAGCUUUCAUGUUGGGUUAUAGUUCUGUAUGAGAUUGUUUGUUCAAUAAAAGUUAUUUUUAUGUCUUAAUUCAUAA